AUGAUGUCCUCCCGACUCCCACAUACACUUCAUCGAACUGCUAUUACCGCGCAGACCGGCUUUGCCGCCGCCAGCAUCCGAAAUAGUCAACGAGUGAUCACCCGUCGAUCCUAUGCAGAGGCUCAUUACCAUGAGCGGAAGAAAGGGAAUGUUCCAUGGCUAUUUCUCUCAGUCGCUUUAACAGUCCCAGUAGCAUAUUAUCUAUAUAAUUCAAGAUCCCAGGAAACUGCACAUGGCGCUGGGCCCAAGCGUUCGCUUGUCAAGGGCCGCGAGGAAGGAGCAAAAGUGUCAGGCGAGAAACAGUCAGAGCGUGAUCCGGCCCACGCAAUCAAACCCAUAGAAAACAUUGGCAAAAAAUCAGGCACGCAAACAGCCAAACAGCAAGGCGUUUCCAACGACGAUACUAUGCAUCCGGAGCUCUAUGCUUCGGGCAAGAGCGAGAAACCCGAGGGCGUGACCGAGACAGCCAAGUUGAAAGGGACAGUGUCGCUUGACCGAGGAAAGGGAAAGUCAUAA